AUGAGCGCUUUCAGCCUGGUGACAGCGGCGCGUGUCGUGCUCCUUCCGCACAGCCAGGCCACCCGGGACUGUGCCAUCUCGUGUGAUGUUUUUGCAGAACUUAAAAGGCUAACCCAAGCUCUUCAGCAUGGUGGUCACCCUGCUUCUGCAUGUGAAGGAGGAUCAGGGGUUCAACAGGAUAUAGCGUCACAAUCUCUGGAUCAAGAAGUUUUAUUAAAAGUUAAAACUGAAAUUGAAGAAGAGCUAAAAUCCCUGGACAAAGAAAUUUCUGAAGCCUUCGCCAGCACAGGCUUCGACCGCCACACUUCGCCCGUGUUCAGCCCCGCAAACCCCGACAGCUCCGUAGAUGACUGCUUGGCUCACGUCGGGGAGAAGGCGUUGCAGGAGCUGAGGGCGCCUCUGCUCGGGGCCUUGCAGACGCUCCUCAGCCGGUGA